CGCUUGCCACGCUACUCUCAACACCAGGUGACUAAGCUGGGCAUAUCAGAGCUGUGGCAAGAUGAGCGAGACAGUGGUGGUAGAAACGGUGACGAAGCCAGCAUUCCUGGGGGAGGGGCCUCACUGGUCUGUGCGGGAACAGGCGCUCUACUAUGUUGACAUCUUCAACCAGAACCUCCACCGGUACCACCCAGCAUCACAAACACACUCCACCUUGCACAUAGAAGGCGGCCCCGUGACCCUGGUAGUCCCCCACAACAUCUCCCUCAACACCUUCGUAGUAAGUGUGGGGCGUGACCUGGCUGCUGUUACUUGGCCUGACACAACUAAGGACUGCGUCGUGAGCUCAUACAAUGUUCUGGCAUCGGUUGACCGUCACCACUCAAAAAACCGGUUCAACGAUGGCAAGUGUGACGCGAAUGGCAGACUGUGGGCAGGUACAAUGGGGGAUACAGAUGUCCCCGACAACCCUAACCCCAGCCUGGGUAGUCUCUUCCUACUGGCGGACAACAACACGGCUCCUACAGUGCUCGACAAGGUAAGCAUCAGUAAUGGGCUGGCAUGGAGUGAGGACAACAGGACGUUCUACUAUGUGGACACGUGCGAGUACAGGGUGGAGGCGUUUGAGUGUGACUUUGAGAAGGUCAAGAUCAGUAAGCGACGCACUGUGUAUGACUACCGCCAGGAAGGUUUAUACCCUUCCUUCCCCGACGGCAUGACCAUCGACACAAAGGGUAACCUCUGGGUCGCCUCCUUCGGUACUGGCAAGAUCCACUGUGUGAAUCCAACCUCGGGUAAGCUAGAGAGAUGGGUAGAGGUGCCGGCGAGCAAUGUAACCUCUGUAUGCUGGGGCGGCCCAAGCCUCGACCAGCUGUAUGUUACCUCCACGCAGAAGGGCCUUACCAAGGACCAGCUGGCCAAGCAACCUCACGCCGGAGCAGUGUUCAGGGUGACGGGACUGGGUGCCAAGGGUCAUCCUCCUAUGGACUCUAACGUCAAGCUCACUACCACAAGAUCUUAGAAUUAGAAUUAGGUGAACAGUUAAUCUUGGACUCAUCAAUCUAUAAUGUGAGUCCAGGUCGUCUAGAAAAGAUACCAACUACAACUGGUGAAUGAACUUCCCGUAACCCAAGCAAUUUGAAGUUGGUGAGUUUGAUCAUCUUUUAUGCCUGCCCUUUAUAAUGGUUUAUGUAACGCUCUGUUUAUCGUAAAUGUUUAUGGAAGUCUCCUAUACUUGAUAUAUUUUAGGAUAUAUAGCCUACAUAGCAUAUGCCUAUGUAAGCUGUUAGAAUAAACAAUUUGAACUGAAUAAUUGUGAUGUGCUAGUUGUGACAGUGACUUACUGAUGAUUGGCUGAUAAUUAAUCAUAAAAUAAUGCCAAAGUUCUAGAUUAUUAGGAGAGGUUUCUAAUGAUACCAUUUUCUCCUUUAGCAUAGGAUACUGUUGAACACAUUAGUUAUGCACAACUAUCAAAUGAGCUUUUGUUUUUGUGUUUUCAUGAAGGAUAUGUUUAUUAGUAUGUGUUUUUUUCUAAAUAUUAUGAGGAAUAUUUUUUUUCAGAUGUACUAAAGAUUCUUCAUGAAAUAAAUGCUUGUGUGUAUGAGUAAAUUAUGAUAAAAAAUAUACUGUUUGAAAUGUGAGUGUGUCGAGGCGUUGUGAGAGAGGAGAAUGAGAACAGUGAAUGCAAAUUUUACUCCCCGUUAUUGCGUGAGAAAGAAACGAUUUUCCUUAUCUAGAUCAGGUAAAGUAAACCAUAUUGGUAAUUUUCUGGGGGACGCUGGCAUGGUGUAUGAAAGACAACGGUAGCGUAAUGUUAUAGUUACGAUGAACUGAGCGUUUACAAAAAAAUAAGAUUACUUGUCUCUAUAAAUAAAGUUUAACAUUCAGAAAGAAAUAUAUGGAAGAGGAGAGAUACAAGGCAGAAGAACUGGAGAUAAUCAGGAAGCGAUAAGUUUAUAGAAAGAAAAUGUUAAUAAUGUAAGUAAGAGUCUCUUUUUAACUUGUCUCUAUGGAUAUGACGUCACAGCCACACAGAAACCACAGAAAAAAUGACACAUAGCGUACAGGAGUUAACGAUUUUUUAUGUAAUUUAAUAUGAAUUGGAAGCUGUAAGGGAAAGGAAGCAUCACAAAGACACACAUUUACUGAAGUAUGAUAGUCUAGACAGAUUCAUGAACCAUUUAAAGCUUGACGGGUUGAUGAAAAGCAUUGUAGUUAGAAGUAAAAGAGACAGAGCUAUAGACCGAGUGAGUGAUGGACUGAUUUAAGUCGUAUAUUGUUUGAGGCAUUUAGAGUUUACAUUAGCUGUUAUAGAUCAUCACACCAAUUAUGUUAUGGAUGGCUUUGCUAACGGCGUAGGUAGGAAAUAUUGCAGUAUUUCAAUACUAUUGUUUUCGGUGCAUAGACUUACUGACAUUCAAAAACACGACAAACAUUAGUUGGAGUUUUGGAGGUAGACCACCAACAUGAUAGAUCAAGAUAUAGUAAUCCGAGAUAGUCAUUUAUAUACGUUCUGGGCAAACAGAAAGAACUUCAGUUGUUUAUGUCAAUUUGCACAGUUAUUAUAAUAUGUUAUGUGUAGCAGAAAGAGGCAGACAUUUGUAUUAUCACUUACCGCACGCUUCUUAUAAAUACCGUUUGACCACAUCCCGUUUAAUCGUUGCAAGCCUAUCAGUGUCUUGAUGUUAAAUAUCUAUUAUUUUUUGUAGGAGAUUAAAUUGCACUUUUUGGUUCAAAAUUGAUAAAACUACAGUAUUUGCUAAUGGGGAAGAGAGAACUACUUCGUCUUUAAAGGAUAGAAAACCAUUGCUAACUAUGAACGCACCGUAAGAAUAGGAGAAAAUAUUAAUUUAUCUUAUAUGUUCCCUUCGUUUGUACGGUUUUUCUUAAUCUCAUCCUUUUUUCCCGUUUCAUGCACGUUAACCGUGAUCUUUCAAGUUAUGUUAAUAAGACAUUUGCUUCUUGAAUAUAGACCUGUCUGCUGCUCCAGCACAUGUGCGGAGUGUACUUAGUAUCCAGUUGUUAUAAUGAAAAAUUGCCACGUCCUUUACAUUGACUUUAGCCCCUGUAUAUAUAUAUCAGUACUACUACAUCCUAUGCGAUGACUCCCUACGCGACAUUGCAAACCGUAAACCCAGUGAUGCAGUGGAAGCGAAGUCCUUGCGGCAAUAGCGAGAACUGGUGUUUGAGCGCGUCUGUCACAUGAGUGUGGCGUAUGCACCAUCGACCAGCACACCCUCAGGGAGUGGCACAAUAGCUGUCUGGGCAGCUAGUGAACACCUGUGUUACUUUACCAGGCUGGUGCCUUCGAACAAGGUAUUCAUAUUUAGUAUAAAUUAUGAUAUAUCUGUUGCUGUGCAAUAAACAUUUUCAAAACUGGAGUCAUAUUAACGUUUUUGUCUUGUUUCAUUUACGAAUAAACAAUUUUAAAUUAUAAAUGUUUAUUGUAUUGCUAAGUACAGUAUGUUCUUGUGUGGGGCGGCGACAAUUUUUAAUAGUUCCAUGUACAGGAUAAGAGAAUGGAAAUUACAUUACCAGUCGGGGGGUGAGUUAUUUAUUCGGCAGUCCUCCGCUUGGCUCCCCUCACCCGCCGCCAGCUCCCAUAAACACAGCCUCUGCACUCAGCUGACAGAGGAAACAUUUUGAUAAUAAGUCCAGCUUUUACCUACUGGGAAAAGAUAUGUUUAUACAAAUGGACUUUGUUUAUGUGGGGAAAGAUGUACACGAGAACCAUUUCUGUUCCACCAUUUUUGUUCAACGAGGCGAGAGAUGUGGGGAAGUAAUGUAUAGAUUUGUAGGAAGCAUUAGUUUAGUUCCGAUUUAUCGUGUGAUAUAAAGAAAAUAAUGGGCCAGUAUGAUUUUAUAAUACUUGAUACACGAAAAAAUAUAAGACUCUAAGCAAAAAAAUAUGUUUUAAUCUUAAUCCUAAUAAUUUGUAGAGAGAUGGUUUCAGCUCGAUGUACUCCUCCUUGAAUUUAAGAUUUUCCUUUUUUUUAUACGGCCUGACUGAAAAGGUAGGAUUGUGUAUCAUAAAUAAAUUAACUAUAAUUUCUAAAUAUUUCAAUAAUUAUGGGGCUACGUGAAAUAUUUCUCAGCAAAUUGUGCUGUACUACAUGAAUCGUCUACGGUCCUGUCCUCACUUCUAAAUCCAGCCUAAUCUUCAGGCUGACAGAAAUGAAUAUGUAAUUUACGACAUGAAAGGGGCUAAUUGGUUUGUAAUUUUACAGUAAUAUUACAGUUUUCUCGGACUUUCAUUUUUAAUAUCUAUCGUGAAUAAUUACAAAGUGGAAAAACCGCAGGUAUAUUAAAAAAAAUCUAGGCCUUACAUUCUAUAUGGGCUCAUUAGUGUUCUGCAUAUGAUAGGUCUAUUACCCGGUGUGCCACACUCCUCGGCAUGUUGCAGAUAUGGCUACGGUAUCUGUAUUCUUAACAAGAUGACACUUACACUUACCCAACUGUCUUGCAAUUUGUCGGAGUUGUUUUAUAUAGUCUUUUAUGUUGUACUCAUAGUGACAUUAGUAACCAAUAAUAUCCUCGCUCACUGACGUUACAAUAUAAACGACCAUUAAGUGAAUUCAUCAAUUUAAUUAUAAACUCUGGUAUGUUAAUAGUGCUUGAGUAAACACAGUCAUUUUAUAAUUACAUAAUAUAACGUUUACCAGAAACGUAACAAGAAAAAGAAAGUAAAAAAAGGCAUUUACCCUCUCCCUCGGUCUGUUUCCAGGUGCUGCGCUUCACCUCACAUUAUCUAUUAUGGAAAACGGAAAUUCAUCUGUGUCUCGACAAUAUGUCAAAGAACAAAUUGCAAACUAGGUUUCCCAGGCAAAAUAUGAACUAAAUGCGGUCACGUCGAAAAUAGAACACUCAAGCAAUUUCAGAUAAAUUGCUUUAUAAAUACUUGAUUUCACAUAGUAACAAACGAAAACUUUCUGGUCUCUUUCACAAUUGACUUUCCAAGUCAACAUUUUAAGAGACAUUUUGUUCCCAAUUGUGGUACAAACCUGAUAUACAGUGAAGAAUUAUAUGUUUAUGUCACAGUAAGUUUGGUCACUAUUUAGGGCACAGAUCUAUGUAACCAUUUGUAAUAUACAAACCUGCAUUUUGAUAAACACGACGUAUAAAUACAUGAUGAUCAUGAUGACGUUGAUCAUAAUCAUCGUAACUUUGAUCAGGAUGAUAUUUAAGGACCUUAAGGACCUUAAGGACCUUAGAUGUUAAGGCAGCAUAAGUGCCUUAUAAGAUCAACAACAUGUAGCAACUAUUCAGCUGAUUGAAACACCAAUUUGAUGCAAUGGUAUGUGAGUUAAUAUUCUAGUCAGGAGUGUUCAGUUUGUGGAGAUCAAACUCCAACUAUCUGACAAUAAUCUUGGUGAUGUGUUAAUUCAACGAUGUCCUCAUUGUGUCCAGGCGAGAACUUCAUUAGGUUAGAUAGAUAUGUUCAGUAUUAUCAGUGAGUUGGUGUAAACCCCUGCUCGAGCAAGAACACCCAGGAACGAGAAUAAGGUAAACGGGGAAAGGAAUUAGCAUUACCAAGUGAAAAAUAAAUAUUUCUUAUCAAAUGUAACUUUCGUGAAAAAAUAAUUUGUCAUCACCAUGAACAGUCUUAGGGUAAAGAGAAAUAAAUGAUUUAUGAAGAUGAA